AUGCAGGAGGCUCGCAGUCUCAGCAAGGAGUUGUGGCUGAGGACUGAGGGCGCUUGGCUUGGGCCCAGUGGCGGCGGGCGGCGCGAUCGAUGCAGCUUGAGAGCCAGAGAGUGUGGAGGCAGACAGGCUUUGAGAGUGUCUUUUACCGCAUUGAGGACCAGGCCAGGUCUGGGGAACCUUUACGACCAGUUUGUGAGCACGCAGGAUGCCGAUGCGGAGUCACUCAAAGCCACGAUCGGCAAGGUCAAAGAAGGGAAUCGAGGGCAGCAAUGCCAGGCGCCGUGCUACUUCUGCUCUUCCACGGGCGCCAGACGAGGAAGGCGUCCGCCACGUUGGCCACAGCUGGGCGCCCCCGGAAUCGCCGUCGAGAAGUCUGCGGCGGCUACUGUCAAGAGAGAGCAGCGUGGCGAAGGGCGGGGCAAGGGGCGCUUGGGAUUUGCGCUGUGA